UCUUCAUUUUUAGCGAAACUCAAAAACCCAAACCAAACACGCCCUUACUUCUUCCUCUUCUUCUCUACUCAUAACCAGAGAUUUUAGGGAAGAUAAAACAUUAAUCUCCUCUUAUGGCGGCGAGUAAAAGCUACUUUGCCCGGCAAAACUACCGAUUCUUUCCAACCGAUCACCACGCGCCACUCACGCUCCACCACCACCACGAUUCCUCAACUUUCGAACUCGACGAGUCGGACAUCUACAACAACUCGGUCACGACUCGUUCUAACUCACCCGAGUUUCGCAAAGCGAGUUCUAGGUUUUCCAAGAAAUCAACGGCCACGGCAAUCGCCACUUCGAGAGCGGCAUCCGGAAUCGGAGGAACGGCGUCGUCGCUUCCGGUGAACAUACCGGACUGGUCGAAGAUAUUGAAACACGAGUAUACGGAGAAUCGGAGGAGAGACAGUGCCGGCUGUGGCGAUGAUGAUGACGAUGAUGACGUGGACGGUGAGGAUUAUUUCGAUGGAGGAGGAGGUAGGGUUCCGCCGCAUGAGUUUUUGGCGAGACAAAUGGCUCGGACGAGAAUCGCUUCUUUUUCAGUGCAUGAAGGCGUAGGGAGGACUUUGAAAGGAAGAGAUCUUAGUAGGGUUAGAAAUGCAAUUUGGGAAAAAACUGGGUUUCAAGACUAGAAAAAUUUAAAACUUGAGGGGUUCUUUUGAGAUUUUCUUUUUUGGGUUAAAUAUCAAGAAAAUAACAGCAAGGAGUUUUCUUAUAGAGAGUAGCAAUUCGUCAUUAGUACUACUAAAGUUUUCUAUUUUAUAUUUUUGGCCCUUUACUUUUAAGAGUAAGCAAUAGACGAUGGGUUUUCUAA